AUGCCGUCCAACCCAUCAUCACCCACAAAGCCCUCCUCCUUCCGCCUCCUGAUCCUCUCCCCUUCGCCGCGCGAUCCAGCAUCGAUCCCGCCGCUCCGUUCGUUUCUGGAAGCAAUCACCGGCUCCAAGCCGUCGGACGACAUCGCUUCGUUUGCGGGGUAUACGUCUCAUUCCCCGCUGAGGCUAAGGACGAAAUACUACAGCGCCGACGUGGGUAUUUGGUGCGAUGAACUCCCUCCCACGACAGAAGCGACGAAGAGCUCCUUGGGGAAAGAAUCGGAUCAUGCCGGUUGUUCAGGAGGGCCCCAGAGGAGCAGUGAAGACGCGGUGACGGAUUCAGAGCCCGUGACGCUGGCGCACUGGAAGGAGCAGAUGCUCUCGUCCGAGGCCAAAGAGGUUCGCGCCGUCAUCGGCGGGAUCGUACUCGUCCUCCCCAUCGUCGCGUCCUUGCUUCCAUCCCCCAACGCGCCAAUUCUGGAACAGUAUGUCACGCUGGUCGAGACGGUGCAUGCACUCCGCGAGGCGGUCGAGGACGAAAGCUACGGGCGGGAUAUUGCUUCUCUCGUGGUACUACAGUCUACAACGCCGGCCGUAGGCAAAGCCAAGUUGAGCGAGGCAAUGUCGGAUCUGGAGGAGGUCUGUUUGUCCGAAAGGGGCAUUCUGGGGUGGGAUUUUGUCGCUUGGGAGAGUGGUCAGCUCCUGGCCGCAAGUGAAGGGAAACAUGGCCAGACGGUCGACCAGGAAGGGGAGGAUGUGGGCGGGGAUGGAGAGGAUGAAAGGAACGAGUUCGGUGAGAAGACGGGAAUUAAGAGGGUCAUUGAAGCCCUCGAGGGGGUGGAUUGGUCUGCAUCGCCGCACGCGGAUGAUGAAAGAGAGGGAGAUGAUGGGCAUGGGGAUUUUGAUUUUGCAGAUUUUGACCAGGGCGAAGACGAGGACGUUGGGGAAUUGUUUUCUUCUUCAUCAAAAAACAUAUUUGGAAAAAGAGCGGUUAUCCCAGGGUUUGAUUACGAGUUCCAGCGCGAGAUGAUGGAGUUGAAGAUGUCGAUGCUUGAAGAUGUUGACGACAGUGAUGAUAACGAGAACCACGAAAAGGUCGAGACGGAGCGUGAAGAUGAAGACACCCAGGUCGAACAGCUGCAGGUGUUAAUGGAGAGAGUCGUUGCGAUCCGCGAGGCAGGAUCAGAGAUGCCCAGGACCGAGAGGGACAAGUUUGCCAGGAGGGAGAUCAGGAGGAUCAUGAGGGAGAUGGGAUAG